AUGGCUUACCCGAGCGUAGUGGUGUUUUUGAUGUUCGCUUUGGUGGCUGGAUCUGCCAUCGCUCAGGCUCCGGCAGCUUCACCGACGAAAUCUCCGAUGGCGUCGCCGCCGAAGGCCACCGCGACUCCUUCGGUGGCUCCGACACCGUCCGUGAAGCCACCGACCUCAUCUCCUAAGUCCUCACCCGGGUUAACUCAGUCUUUAGCGAGCGCGUCUGUUCUUCCCAUGGUGUUGAAAUCGGCCAUUGAGCUUGACCUUUUGGAGAUCAUGGGUAAGGCUGGUCCAGGUGCCUAUGUGUCGCCGUCGGAGGUGGCGGCUCAGCUGCCGACGAAGAACCCAGAUGCGGCGGUGAUGCUGGACAGAAUUCUGAGGCUCCUAACUAGCUCCUCUGUUCUCAAGCCGACAUCUCCGGCGCUGUCUCCGCUACUGAGUCCUCCGACGCCGCCUACUGGAGCUCCGGCGCCGUCUCUCCCGUCUCUCAUGGGCUGCCCUGGUCUUGAUGAUGAGGUCCUUGCAACCCUAAAGCAUAGUUGCAAGUCGCUAGCGGUUAUUAAUAUAUCGAACUGUCCGAAUGUCAGUCACGUGGGUUUGUCUUCUCUGCCAUACACACGCUGA